UCUCAUAAUAUAAUAAUACUAAUACAGAAAAUAGGGCAGAUUGGAUUUCUCCAUUCCCACUCUCAUUUUGUCCUUCAUUGGUGACAAAAAUGGCGAUAGACACGAAUUAGGAAUUAACAAAGAUUUGACUGAAAAGGGGAGAAGAAUCGAAUCAAGAAUUUUGAGAACAACGAGAAUAUGGUGUGGGAGCGUCACCAAAAACUUCCGUCACAUGUUCAGGACGACGACAGACACAGAUCCAAUCACACUGUCGAUUCUGGCCACGCCCGUUUGCACGAGCUCGGCUACAAACAGGAGCUCAAGCGCGACCUAUCAGUGUUGUCGAACUUCGCCUUCUCCUUUUCAAUAAUAUCAGUUCUGACCGGCGUGACCACGCUCUACAACACCGGACUCACUUUCGGCGGUCCUGUUUCGCUCGUGUAUGGAUGGAUUAUCGCCGGCUGCUUCACCAUGGUCGUCGGCUGUUCAAUGGCGGAAAUCUGCUCUUCUUACCCUACCUCCGGCGGUUUGUAUUAUUGGAGCGCCAGGCUUGCUGGCCCUGACUGGGCGCCCUUCGCCUCCUGGAUCACUGGAUGGUUCAAUAUUGUUGGACAGUGGGCUGUUACUACAAGCGUCGAUUUCUCGCUAGCUCAGCUGGUUCAGGUGAUCAUUCUCCUGUCUACGGGAGGGCAGAAUGGGGGAGGAUACAUGGCUUCUAAGUACAUUGUUAUUGCAUUCCAUGGAGGAAUUUUGCUAUUACAUGCUUUGCUCAACAGCCUUCCUAUUACCUACUUAUCGUUCUUCGGACAAUUAGCUGCCGCUUGGAAUGUCUUAGGUGUCUUUGUUCUUAUGAUCGCCAUUCCCUUGGUCGCGACUGAAAGGGCGAGCCCGGAAUUUGUGUUUACUCACUUCAACAUGGAUAACGACAAGGGAAUCGAUAACCGGUUGUACAUAUUCCUUCUCGGACUUCUCAUGACUCAGUACACGCUAAGCGGUUACGAUGCAUCCGCCCAUAUGACAGAGGAGACGAAGGACGCAGACAAGAAUGGUCCGAAGGGGAUCAUAAGUUCCAUUGGCAUAUCGUUGAUUGUUGGCUGGGCUUACAUUUUAGGCAUCACAUUCGCAGUCACGGAUAUCCCGAGCCUUUUGAGCCUAGACAACGACGCGGGUGGGUACGCCAUUGCGCAGAUAUUUUACCAGGCGUUCAAAAGUCGAUACGGCAGCGGUGCUGGCGGGAUCGUCUGCUUUGGCGUUGUCGCCGUCGCGAUAUUCUUCUGUGGCAUGAGCUCCAUCACCAGCAACUCCCGCAUGGUGUACGCCUUCUCGCGCGACGGCGCGAUGCCCUUUUCGUUGUUGUGGCAUAAAGUAAACAAGCGAGAAGUUCCCGUCAAUGCCGUCUGGCUAUCGGCUGGCAUCGCGUUCUGUAUGGCCCUAACGUCAUUGGUAAGUCUCGUGGCGUUUCAAGCGAUGGUAUCGAUAGCAACCAUCGGGCUGUACAUAGCGUACGCUCUACCGAUCUUUUUCCGAGUGACGUUGGCGCGGAAAUCCUUUGUUCCAGGUCCAUUCAACUUGGGGCGAUACGGCGUGGCGGUCGGUUGGACCGCCGUGAUCUGGGUGAUAACUAUAUCAGUUCUGUUCUCCUUGCCGGUUUCUUAUCCGGUCACCGGCGAGACUUUGAACUACACACCUGUUGCAGUUGGUGGCCUCGUCUUCCUUAUAGUUUCUUCUUGGAUUGUCCAUGGCAGACACUGGUUCAAAGGUCCGGUAACCAAUAUUCAAACAUAGCUCAGCGUAGUUGUAACUGUAGCUUACUGUAUUGUUUCCUACUGCAGCCAUUAACAGCUUGUGUGUGUCCUACUCAGUUCCAGUCACCCAAAUCCACUGUUCAAUCUUAUUAUAACUAUCAAUAUAGUGCCCACAAUAAUUGACAUAAUAUAUAUAUAUAUUUUUUUC